UUUUUUUUUUUUUUUUUUUUUUGAUCGGUCAAAGUCAUGUUAGAUGUUAGUAGUUAGUUCCCCAUCCACUCCAAGAAUCACCUUAUCUCUCCAUUCACCAAACUCCACCUUAUAUCUCCAAUCACCAAUUCGUUCCCAAGAGGGAUCGAACCCGGGUACAUUAAUGGGUUUAUUUGUUUAUGUGAUUAUUGAAAUUGUGUUUGGAUGUUUAUUGUUUAUUGUUUGUUGUGUUUGUUGGAAUCCCAUCUCAAAUUUGGUAAUCUUUUGAGGUGGGAUAUUUGAAUCAUAUGAGAAGUGAGUAUUUAAUUAUCAUGUUCUGUUGUCAUUUACAGUUGUUCACAUGAUACCAAAAUUGCUUAUGGUAUUUGAAUUUUGUGGUAUUUAGUUGUAUCUCCAUGUUUGCAUUUGAGCUCCACUAGGUUGAAUUUUGGCUCUUGAUUGUGUGUUUCCUAAUAUUCUAGGGUUAAGUGUAAGCAUGGGCAACGAGCUUCGCUAUGUAUGCCUCGUGGAGACGAGGAGGCUGCUGCUACUAAUGGGGGUGGUUUUCGGGUUGGUUUUGUUUGUACAGUAUUUCGAGCUUCCAUAUAGGAGUGUCUUAUCCUGGACUAGCAAAUCUCGAGUAGCUAUUAUUGAGAGUGAUUACAGUAGGGAUUCGUUUAGUAGAAGUUCUAUGGAUAGGGUGCCGACUGCCAUUAAGGAAACGGAUGGUGAUACGAGAAAUGGUAGAGAUGAGUUUGUCGUGAAUGAUACUUUAGGUGAUGGUUUUGGUUUGGAAAAUGGCAAAGCUUUGAAUGAUACUUUUGGUGAUGACUUUGCUCUUGAAAGUGGUAAGACAAUGAAUGAUACUACUUUAGGUGAUGAUUUUCGUCUGGAAAAUGGUUUGAACAAUACUUUAGGUGAUGAUUUAGGGCUGGAAAAUGGUUUAAACGAUACUUUGGGUGAUGAUUUUCGUGUGGGAGAUGGCAAGGCCUUUUUGAAUGGUACCUUAGACGAUGAUGGCAUUGAUCCAGAGGAUGAAAUUCCGUUCAAGGACUCAUUGGAAAAGGAUCGCGACUCAACCAUUGAUACAGCUGUGAGAAAUGAUAUCGAGAGCACUGAUGACGGACUACAGGAGCUGGAAGAAGCUUCCAGAAGUAGUGACUCGAUGAGGCAUGAUGUGGUUGGAGAUGUCAUUCAAACAUCCGUAGGUGAAUCACCGUCUAGUUUGCUCUCUGACGCUGUCCCUCCACAAAAUCCAGAACCAAGUCGAAAUGCUUCCACAGAAAUGUCUCCUCCAAAUGCAGCAACGGAGAAAGAGUCCGAAAAUAUAGUGCGAAAAAAUGAAACUCCCAACAUUCGGAAGGUUUCUGCCACAAAAGAAAGAGUUACUGAAACAGAACCUGCGGUGGUACCUAUAUCUCUAAUGAACAAUAUGCUCGCGCAGAGUCGUAUCUCGUACCAACCACCGAAGAUGCAAUGGUCUUCACCUGCAGAUCAUGAACUACGAAAUGCAAGAUCCCUAAUCGAGAACGCAUCAUUGAUACAAAACGACCCUCAGUUUGAUGUUAGCUUGUAUCGCAACUUCUCUGCUUUCAAAAGGAGCUACGAGCUGAUGGAGGAGACUCUCAAGGUUUAUAUCUAUGCUGAAGGAGAACGGCCUAUAUUCCAUCAGCCGCCUCUCAAAGGCAUAUAUGCGUCCGAGGGGUGGUUCAUGAAGCUGCUAAAAUCGGACAAGAAAUUCGUCACCAAGAAGCCUAAAAAGGCCCACCUCUUCUACUUGCCUUUCAGCACACGAAUGUUGGAGACGGUUCUGUACGUGCCCGACUCUCACGAUCGCACGCCCUUGAUCGAGGCGCUAAGCAGCUAUCUCCAGACGAUCACCACCAAAUACCCCUUCUGGAACAGAACCGCCGGAUCCGACCAUUUCCUCGUCGCCUGUCACGACUGGGCGCCGGCAGAGACGAGGGAGAUCAUGGCGAACUGCAUCCGGUCGCUCUGCAACGCCGACGUGAAAGAAGGGUUCAAGUUCGGCAAGGACGCGUCCCUCCCCGAGACGUACAUCCAGACGCCCCAGAACCCGCUGCGGCAGCUCGGGGGGAAGCCCCCCUCCCGGAGGCGAUUCCUCGCCUUCUUCGCGGGCAACAUGCACGGCUACCUCCGCCCGAUCCUGCUCGAGCAGUGGCAGGACAAGGACCCCGACAUGAAGAUCUUCGGCCCGAUUCCCAAGACGAAGAAGAGGAGGGGCCAGACGAGCUACGCACAGUACAUGAAGAGCAGCAAGUACUGCAUCUGUGCUCGGGGGUACGAGGUCAACAGCCCCCGGGUGGUGGAGGCCAUCUUCUACGAGUGCGUCCCCGUCAUCAUCUCAGACAACUUCAUCCCCCCGUUCUUCGAGACCCUCAACUGGGAGUCCUUCGCGGUGUUUGUGCUCGAGAGGGACAUCCCGAAUUUGAAGAGGAUACUGCAGUCGAUACCGACGAAGAGGUACGUCGAGAUGCAGCGGAGGGUGAAGAAGGUGCAGCAGCAUUUCCUGUGGCAUCCUAAGCCGGUGAGGUAUGAUAUUUUUCACAUGAUUUUGCAUUCUAUUUGGCAUAACAGAGUGUUUCAGACAACAUCUUAUUAGUCAUUAUACAUUGCACUUUGUAGAUGUUUACACAUUCUUUUCUUUUUCUUGAAUUUUUUAUUUUUAUUUUUUUGUUUUGUUUGAGUUCAUAGUGAUAGCAGAGCAGGAAAAUUUGUAAGAAUAAAGGUUGAGUUGGAUGAUGAUCAUAAAUUCUUUUUGUGUAAAUAGAUAUGGAAGAAGAGAAUAUUCUUUUUCA